AGUUUGCAGCAUUUGCAAAGGAGGCAACGGAGCCGAGCAGUUGAAGGACAUCAAAUGAAACACGGGAGCGCUUUACAGCGGGUCCUCUUGAGUUUUGCGCGUAGCCUGUGUGCUCCGAGCCUGGAGACAGUACGUUUUAGUGAAAAUCAUGGAAGAUAAAUCAAAUUCGUUCUCCAGCAACAAAGAAGGGGAGAAAGCAGAUGGGAAUAAUGUAUUUCAAAGGCAAGACUCGAUACAGAAGAACAAUAUGGGGAGCCAGAACCUGAAAGGAGGGGACCAUGGAAACUCGGUGGGCUUCAAGGGGGACCGGGAGGAAGCCUUGGUCGGGUUCGACGAUAUAGACGGGUCCGGAAACCGACAUGGCUUUAUGCAGCGGCAAUUUGGAGCGAUGAUGCAGCCCGGCGUCAAUAAGUUCUCCCUGCGAAUGUUCGGCAGUCAGAAAGCCGUUGAGAAAGAGCAAGAAAGGGUCCAGACGGCUGGAUACUGGAUCAUUCAUCCCUAUAGCGAUUUUAGGUUCUACUGGGACUUGGUAAUGCUGGUCAUGAUGAUGGGGAACCUGAUCAUCAUUCCUGUAGGAAUAACCUUCUUCUCGGAGCAGACCACCACCACCUGGCUAAUAUUCAACGUAGCAUCAGACACCAUCUUCCUCGUGGAUCUGGUCAUGAACUUCCGCACGGGGAUCGUCAACGAGGAGAGCUCCGAGAUCAUCCUGGACCCCAAGGUCAUAAAGAUGAACUACCUGAAGAGCUGGUUUGUGGUCGACUUCCUCUCGUCCAUACCAGUGGAUUAUAUAUUUCUAAUAGUGGAAAAGGGGUUUGACUCAGAGGUGUACAAGACGGCGAGGGCGCUGAGGAUCGUGAGGUUUACUAAGAUCCUGUCUCUUCUGAGGCUACUGAGACUUUCCCGACUCAUCAGAUACAUACACCAGUGGGAGGAGAUUUUCCAUAUGACGUAUGACCUGGCCAGUGCUGUGGUAAGAAUAUUUAAUCUGAUAGGGAUGAUGCUACUGCUGUGCCACUGGGACGGUUGUCUACAGUUCCUGGUCCCACUCCUACAAGAUUUCCCUCAAGAUUGUUGGGUGUCGCUAAACGGUAUGGUUAAUGACUCGUGGGGUAAGCAGUACUCGUACGCACUCUUCAAGGCCAUGAGUCACAUGCUGUGUAUCGGGUACGGCGCCCGGGCUCCCGUCAGCAUGUCCGACCUGUGGAUCACCAUGCUCAGUAUGAUCGUGGGCGCCACCUGCUACGCCAUGUUCGUGGGUCACGCCACCGCUCUCAUCCAAUCACUGGACUCGUCCCGCAGGCAGUACCAAGAGAAGUAUAAACAAGUGGAGCAGUACAUGUCGUUCCACAAGCUACCUGCAGACAUGCGGCAGAAGAUUCAUGAUUACUAUGAGCAUCGUUAUCAGGGCAAGAUCUUUGACGAGGACAAUAUCCUGAGUGAGCUCAACGACCCGCUCAAAGAGGAAAUUGUGAACUUCAACUGUCGGAAGCUGGUGGCUACCAUGCCACUGUUCGCCAACGCAGACCCCAACUUCGUGACGGGCAUGUUGAGCAAGCUGAAGUUCGAGGUGUUCCAGCCCAAUGAUUACAUCAUCAGGGAGGGCACCGUGGGCAAGAAGAUGUACUUCAUCCAACAUGGUGUGGCCAGUGUCAUCACCAAGCUUAACAAAGAGAUGAAGCUGACGGAUGGAUCUUACUUUGGAGAGAUCUGUCUGCUGACGAAGGGAAGACGCACGGCGAGCGUUCGCGCUGACACCUAUUGCCGUCUCUUCUCCCUCUCUGUGGAUCACUUCAACGAGGUGUUGGAAGAGUACCCUAUGAUGCGCCGCGCUUUCGAGACCGUAGCCAUCGACCGCCUGGACCGCAUCGGGAAGAAGAACAGCCUGCUCCUCCAGAAGUUCCAGAAGGAUCUGAACGCUGGGGUGUUCAACACGCAGGAGAACGAAAUACUGAAGCAGAUAAUCCGUCAGGACAGGGAGAUGGUGAUGAUGGUGGACCGCAAGCAGUCGGUCACAGGGAUGUCGGUCACAGGGAUGUCGGUCACAGGGAUGAACACCACCCCGAUAUCUGGAAACUCCAUCAUUAACUCGCCGGCUCAGCCGCCCUACACCACUGCCCUGGGCAACAACCAGUUCCAGCAGUCAGCCACCUCUUUGACCUACAGUGCUUCGGCCGUCACCGCCCCCUCCGCCGCAGCCACCGCCCGCAUCCUGCCAGCCUCGGCGCAAGGUGUCUAUCCCAUCCCCAGCGUCAUCCACGGCAACCUGAACUCAUCCUCUCCCGUCCCCCAGACUCCCCUCUCUCUCCAUCAGCAAGGGUCCAUCAUGUCCCCGGUAUCCUUCACCACGGCGGUGUGCAGUCCUCCCGUGCAGACUCCUGGGCUGGCGGGCCGCAGCUUCCAGUACGGCUCGCCCACCGCCUCCCAGCUCUCCCUUAUCCAGCAGCCGCUGCCUACUGCCCUACCACCGCAGCAACCACUACCACAGCCACAGCAACCAGGAGGAGCAGCGGCCUCCUCAGCAACACAACAACCCCAACAACAGCAGCAGCAAGUCCCGUCACCUCAGAGGAGUGACAGCCUCCACAAGGCCAGCCAUGCUCUCCAGUCGGGAAGCCUGAGUCGAGACGUGCGCCACCUCUCUGCCUCCCAGCCCUCCCUGCCCCACGACACGUCCCUGGGGCCCCGAGCGCACCCUGCAGCGUCCGGGGACUCCCUGGCCUCCAUUGCCCCGCCGGUGGCUGCGGUCCAGGGUAUGGGUAUACAGAGCGGUCUCCGCACCACAGUGCCCCAGAGGGUCAACCUGUUCCGCCAGAUGUCAUCAGGAGCGUUGCCUCCGGUGCGAGCGGUGUCCUCUGCAGCCCAGCACAGGGAUUCCACUGGUUCUAGGAGAGAUUCUAGAAGAGAUUCUACCUUAAGCAGUACAGAGACCGAGCAAGAUAAGAUGCGGUUCGCAUCAAAUUUAUGAUCCCAUUUUUCUUUUUUUUUUACUUCUGUUUUAUUUAAUUUUUAAAUGGAGAUACAAAAAAAAGAUAAAGAUGAACUUGAGUAUUUUUUUGUUUUCUCAAAAAUUUUCUUCUGAAAAAAAAAUUCGCCUCAAGGAAUUCCUGUACAGACUGCCCUUGUAUUAUAUUUUAGACACAUUUUCUCCCUACAUUUAAGAAUGUAUAUUAAAUAAAUAUAUAUAUAUAUAUAUGUGUGUGUAAAUCCAACUAGAAUAUUUGGCAAAGACUAUUUAAAAGCUCUAGUAUAUAAACAUGAGUCUUCCUUUCCAAAAAAUAUAAAUAUAGAUAUCAAAUGUAUGGAGAGAGGGGGGGUUGUUUGUUAUUUUCAGUUUUUGUAAACUGGAAUGCAUCGUGAUGAAUCCUGACAGAUGACUUUUGGAUUUUUUUUUUUUGUACCUGCGAGAAGAGGAAGUAAAAUAUCUUCUCACAUUACGCAGCUUUGUCACCACUGUGGAAUAACUGACGCAAGCGAACCUUGAAACUGUCAAAAAAAAGAAGCACACACUCAAACAUAAAUCUAAUGACAGAACUUGUGGGACCUUAAUCUUAGCAAUCAACACAGGUACAAUAGCUAGGUGUUCCAUUGCUCUCAGCAAUACAUCCUCUUGAGCCACAGUGUCCUCACACAGUGGUCGGUGAACACCACGACAGUGUUAUGGGUCCAAAGGAAUGAUGUAAAUAAGAAAUGAUGCUCUUUUUUUGUUUGUAGAAGGAUGAUGUUGUGAGCGAAGAAUGGAUGAUGCUGUUUUUAGUCCUAAUUUCAGACAGUGAUAGACGUUAUGUAAUGUUGCUUAACAAAACUAUGUGUACAUUUAUAAUAUUUAUAAACUAAAGAUUAUCACCAUUAUGCAAUAGACUGUGAUAUAAAGAUGAUCUAUAUGUAUGUUUUAAAUAGUUUUGUAGAUCUAGUAUUUACAGAUACUGUGUGGUGCAUUCUCAAUCAUAACAAUGUCUUACUUCUUUCAGGAACCUUGAUAUCUUCAUCAUCGUCUAUAUGUGAGAAAAAAAAAA